UCAAGUGUAAGACGUGCAUUAAUGCAGCAUUUUGUUCCGGCGAACUUGGGUCUUGCACAUAUAUCUAGGCAAGAAAUUAUUGACAAACACACAAGACCUCUUGCUCAGUCACUGUUUGGUACAGAUGAGUCGGGUGACAGUCAGCCAAAGAUGAUGCUUGUUUUAGAUGGAACGUAUGUUUACAUACAAAAAAGUACAAACUUUCAAUUUCAAAGACGGUCAUUUAGCAUGCACAAGGGCAGACCCUUAGUAAAACCAAUGGUAGUUGUAACAACCAGUGGGUACUUUGUCACCAUAAUCGGACCCUACCUGGCAGAUGGAAGAAACAGUGACGCACGUAUAUUAACUCACAUGAUGCAGACAAAUGUCGAAGAAAUAAAAAGCUUUGUAGCUGAAAAUGACGUUUUUAUUGUUGACAGAGGUUUUCGGGAUUCCUUAGCUAUGCUGGAAGAUAUGGGAAUACAUGCCGAAAUGCCUGCAUUCAUGCAAAAAGGACAGAAACAAAUGACAACAGAAGAUGCUAACACUAGCAGACUAGUCACGAAGGUCAGAUGGGUAGUAGAAUCUGCUAACGCCAGGAUCAAGCGUUGGAAGUACUUAGAUCAUGUUUUACCAACAACGCAGGUUCCAUUCAUCGGGGAUUUCGUAAGAAUAGUAUGCGCGAUAUCCAACAAAUACUUUCCUCCAUUGAGCGCGACGAAAAACAACGACGACGACACCGCACUUGGAAGGAAAAUGUUAGAUUUGUCAAAGUGUAAUAACGACCUUAAAACUUACAUUGAAAAUCACUGUUUAGAACGAAAAUCAGCCUGUUGGAAGUCCGCUGAAUUAGAUGUUGAAUUUCCGCGCUUAGACGAAAUUCAGUUGAGAGAAUUAACAUGUGGUACUUACCAACUUAAAAUGUCAGCUGGUUAUAUGCAAGAGCAUAUUGACGGAAACUCAGACAUUUAUGUACAUAGAGAAGACAAUACUCUUUUAAGGGUCAAAAUUCAAAGCAGACACGUGUCAUCUAAGGUUUACACACUUUGGAUUCGUCAUAACGCGACUGAAGUUGUUUCAUGGUAUUGCAAGUGUCGCGCUGGUAGUCGAGUUGUCGGGGUGUGUGCUCACGUGGCUGCCAUUUUAUGGUUUCUUGGGUAUGCAAGACACACAGGGAAAGAAAUGUAUGGCACGCGCAACUGGGGUGAUUAUGUUUUAGACGCAGGAAACAUACCCCAAACUGUUGACAGUUCGGAUACAGAGAGUGAGUGAAAAUGUAGCAGCUGAAUCGUUACAUUAACAUAGUUUUUAAAGCAGUAUUCUGUAGUUGGCCUCUGAAAAAGUAUCUUGAAGAGUAUUUUUACAUUUGAUAGUAAAACAUAUUUUGUAAAAACAUGUUUAGAGCUAUUCUGAUGUUAUAAAUCUAUAGUUAUUAUGCCGAUUUGCUGAAUUCAUGAUAUCAUAAUAAUUUAUCAAUUAUUCAUGAUUAUACUUCAUAAAAACCGGAGUUUGAUAUUUGAAAAGAAGAAAAAAAAAUCAGUAGAUUAAUAUCUGAUGUUAUUUAUUAUUUAUUUUGCAGUUCUUCAAGCAAAUAAAAUGUUACAAGUCAAAAAUAU